UAAAGUCACUUUAUCUAUUUGAAAAAAUUGAAAUCAAGAAGAAAAAAGACGACUUGGUGUAACUUGUUGUUUGAUGGAUUGUCGUCUUCAUGUUAUUCUUCUAUGUUUCAUUGCAGUUUUCCCUCACCUCUCUCAUUCUUCUCGUCGAUCUUCCUUAUGGAGUGGCAAUAAAGAAAUAAAAACGUCGAUUUUGAAAUUGACUACGACUCCAAUUGAUCCAACUCUGGUCACUCAAAUUUCAUGGCACCCCAGAGCUUUCAAAUAUAGGAAUUUUUUGACAAAUGAGGAGUGCCAUCAUUUCAUCUCUCUGGCUAAAGAUAAUCUGGAGAAAUCCAUGGUAGCUGACCUUGAAUCAGGGGUGAGCAUAGAGAGUGAAGUUCGGACAAGCUCUGGCGCGUUUCUCGACAAGGCUCAGGAUGAAGUUGUUGCUAAUGUGGAAGCCAGAAUAGCUGCCUGGACAUUUCUCCCUGAAGAGAAUGGAGAACCAAUUCAGAUGUUGCAUUAUGAACACGGGCAAAAAUACGAGCCACAUUUUGAUUUUUUUAAGGACAAAGUCAAUCAAGAGAUCGGUGGUCAUCGUGUGGCUACUGUCCUUAUGUAUUUAUCAGAUGUUGAUAAGGGUGGCGAAACAGUUUUUCCUAGAUCAGAGGCUGCAGAAUCUCAGCCAAAGGGUGAUGACUGGUCUGAUUGUGCUAAAUAUGGCUAUGCAGUAAAACCAAGGAAGGGCGAUGCGUUGUUGUUUUUCAGUCUACAUCCUAAUGGAACAACUGAUCGUUUGAGCUUGCAUGGAAGUUGCCCAGUGAUUAAAGGUGAGAAGUGGUCUGCUACAAAGUGGAUUCAUGUAAGGUCCUAUGACAGUAUUCCAGAUAAGUGUGUCGAUGUAUAUCCUGACUGCUCCGGUUGGGCUGCUUCUGGUGAAUGUGAUAAAAAUCCUUCAUACAUGGUUGGCACUGAAGACUUUGUAGGUCAUUGUAGAAAGAGCUGUAAUGUUUGUUCGUGAUAAAAAUCCAUAUUACAUGUGUUUUCUGCAUCACUAUAUCAAUUUAGCACAACACAUCCUCAAUUAAUCUGUAUCAGUUUCUUCAUGAUAUAUAACUCAAGCUAACUGCGAUGGUACACUUGAACUCAUGGCUUAUUUAUACAUUCUCACAUGGACCAACUAGAUCUGAUAUAAGCAUCUCUAGGAAUCCAAAAAAUUGCAAAAAAAUAUGCUUAAGGUUCCCUUAGGUAUGUUAACAGGAUUUUUUAAGCUUUAUAUGUAUGCAAAAAGAAAUUAGUU